CCGUCUUCGCGUCCCGGCAUCCCGUUGCCGAUUGUCCCAAUCCGGACGGUAAUCGCCUCGGGGCACUCGCAGUUCGCAUUCAGUGGCAAUUAAUUGAUGACAUGCGAUCCGAUCCGUUACACGUCGUGUCCUGUUCUUGCCUCCGAACGCGUAUCGGCAUCGGUAUCGGACGUGGCCCCUGCCUGACGGAGCUUCGCGUCCAACACGAAGGUUCGAGAGCAGAAUGACGCGGUGACAGCACCGCUGCCAGCGAGCGGAUGCCGAAUCGACAGGCUACGUCCGCGUCGAGCGUGCCGUGGGCCGACGUCGCGCGUCCCCACCGAUCCUCCCGAGGCGCCCUCGUCCGACCCAAACGCCUUUCUCCCGAACGGCGACGCACUCGGCUCCUGUCGUCAACGUCAACUGCAGCGCGCGGGCACAACGCCGCAGUCACGAGCGGCGAAUGCAGCCUCCGGGUGGCGGUCCAGCAGCGACUCACGGCGACGCUUCUGCCAAGGUGACGUCUCACGAGCUCCCGGACGCAAGUCAUAGGCAGUCAAAUGGUGUGGUCACACUGGCCCCGACCCGCUUCGCCCGUGUCCAUCUGCCUCAUCACGCCCAAGUCGCCGCCCGGAUCCUAUACAUACAAGUGUUCAUCAUGUCUCUGUGUGUGAGAGACGGAGGGGACGCGCCCUCUGUCUCGUAUCACAAUUAAAGAAGCUCAGGCUAUGACCCACAUACACACGAGGCCCCAAGAUCUGUAGCUCUGGGGGCGACGAUGAUGGAUUCUCCGGCUCACUCGGUCUCCCCAUUCUGCGCCGCGCCCGGUUCUCUCCUGCGCUGUCCGGUUGUUGUGUUCCUUCGUUCCAAGGAAUCACUGUGACGAUGGCGAGUACGCGUCCCCCGAGCGGGAUCUGCCACGAUCGAGGUUCCCCUCCAUUCUAUCCGCGCUUCCCUCUCAGAACAGAACGACCGACCCGUGCAACGCGUUCUUUCUGCGAAGAGCAGUUCUCCCGCAGCGUCGCCAGCCAGCUGGCGUUUGGCGACCAUAUAUCCCAGGGUCCAUCAGGCGCCUGUCCAACCGUUGCCCUGAUUCUCCCUCUUUCUCCGCCGCCACGAGGCUCGCGGCCCGCUGUGCGGAUAAGUAUGUCCUGGCCAGCCUCCAAGCUCGCCCUGGUGACAUAAGCGGUCGAGAAGCCAAUGAUCGCCGUCGCAGCUAUCCCAUGCGCACACGUACGUACGCAUGAGCUCGCAUUCGAAAGCCCGCGCACCGUUUGCCCCCCAGGCUCAGCGCACCGAGAGGGCUCAGAGAUAUCGCGAUACCGCAAACGUCCGGCCGCGCGCGCAUCGUGCACGCGUGCAGUACUGUGCGUGCACUUGCGCGCGAUAUGGACUUCUGGCUUCCGAGCAUGCAUGACGCGAUGACGCGCGAUCAUAAGGGAGCCGAAUGGGAGCUCGGGUCGGAGAGACACGGACGCUCGCACUUGGGGCGUCCUCUUGCGAGGACUGGCGUGCACGUCUGUGGGCGUGGCGUGUGCACCUACGGCUGGCCUCCUACCGCGACAAACUAUCACAGGGACGCGUCUCUGUUUCGGGUAGAGCGGGGCGCGCGGUGUCCGGUCGGACUGUGCACGUACCUCUCGACGGGCUGCGUCGACUACGCCCGCCGUGUGCUCGGAUGGGGUUCAAUCCGUCGGUGCACUUCCUCCUUCGUGAAUCAUAACGUUCGCGCGCCUGCCACCGAGCGGCUGCGUGAUCUCCGACGUACUUACCUAGAGCGCGAGGUGGCGUCCUCCCGAAUCCGUGCGCCCGAUCCCGGACCCCGAUCUAUAUCCCCUGCAACCGCAUGACGUCCGUUCCCGCGCUCUCGCGAGCCCGUCGUCCAACCUUCGGGGGACCCGAUCGACCCUGCGUCGACAGCUUAAGAGC